GUGUAUAUCUCCUUGGCUCCUCUAUAUUACCCCUGUAAAUACCAACUUAGCUCCUCUAUAUUACCCCUGUAAAUACCAACUUAGCUCCUCUAUAUUGCCCCUGUAAAUACCAACUUAGCUCCUCUAUAUUGCCCCUGUAAAUACCCACUUAGCUCCUCUAAUGAUGAGACAGGCCUGGUUUAUAUUGACUUCUUAUAAUUAUAUAUUAAUAAGUUAAAUAUUUACUAUGCUUGGUACACCUGCAGUCCUGCUAUACUGCUAUACUGCAGUCUUUGAACAUUCUUCAAACCAAUAAUAUUAUUAAAGGUCUCUACAGUCUUCAACUAGGCUUAAAUCAGAAUGUUCGGAUCCGAGGAAUCAGUAACAAAACAGUUUAAUCUUCCACCUGAAGAUAUAGAGUUAUACAGGAAGGUGUUCUCUGAGUUUGAUAGAAACAAAGAUGGAACAAUCUCUGCUGUGGAGCUGCAAAGUGCUUUCAGAACGGCAGGACACAACCCUACUGAAGCUGAAGUUCAGGAUAUGAUCAAUAUUACAGAUACUAAUAAUACGGGAAAGCUAGAAUGGGAUGAGUUUGCUAACCUACUAGCUACUAAACUAGCUGAGAGAGAAGAGGAAGCGGAUUAUAAAGAAACCUUUAGAGUUUUUAGCAAAGACGACGAAGGUUGCAUUACAAUGGAGGAGAUGAAAUUUGUCUUAUGUCAGCUCUGUACCUCAGAUGAAGCUGAGAAAAUCAUAGAGGUAGUGGAUAGAAAUGGAGAUGGAAAAAUCAGUUUCUCUGAGUUUCGGUGUAUGAUGGGAGCAAAUCCUAUACUACUGUAGAUGUAGAACUAGAACUAGAAACUAGAACUAGAACUAGAACUAGAACUAGAACUAGAACUAGAACUAGAACUAGAACUAGAACUAGAACUAGAACUAGAAUUAGAAUUAGAACUAGAACUAGAACUAGAACCAGUUUUGAAAUCGCUAUAAAUCACGGUUGAUAAUUCCCCUUCUAAAUACUUGUGUAAAUGGUGAUUACAAAGUAAUAAAUCAUAAAACUUA